AACCCGAAGCAUCACCCGGCACGAAAGAGUACUCGGAUAUCAGUCAUAUCACCCCAACAUCAACCGGCUUGGAAAUUGGUGAGGAAAACCGGCGUUAGGUUUGGACAAUACAUCUCUUUCUCCUUUGUUAUCAUCGCUUGUGGUACGGUAUUAGCUCCGGUCAUCCCAUCACCUCUUUCAUUUUCUCUCUCCUCACACCUCGCAGUUUGUAUAUCCGUUAUUUUCCUCCCUCUCUUCUCCCCCCUAAAAAAAACACAAAACCCACAUUCUUCAUCUCCAACUGGAGGGAAAAAUGGACCACAAAAUUCAAUUACUCACUCUUACAGUCUCACUUCUUCAACAAAAUCCAGAAAAAUGGAGCUAAAAUAACAAAAAAUGGUCAUGUAUUUGGGUGUUUUAAGGUGAGAUAAUUUAUGGGAUUGUAAAUUAAAUUAGGGAUAUGGGAACUAGGGUUCCAAUUUACAAUGAUGAAAACAAUAGUAAUUCAAGACCAGUAGAUACGUACAUUGAUGAGAGAAAUUUAGGUGAAGUGAAAAAAGUCGGCGAAAACGACAGAAUUAGCGGUAAUGAUCAUGACGCAGUUACUGAAGAUAGUGUAGAUCAUGAUGAGGGCUCUAAUACCGUUGGUUGCUUAGAUGACGCGUACAAAAGCCCGAUUCAGAUUCUUAACAUUGGAGUUGAGGAUGAUCGGUCUAGCCUGGAAAGUAGUGGGUCUCUAAGAAACUCCUGCAAUGCCUUAAUCACAAAGGAUAUUUUGCCAAUUGAAACUGCAAGGGCAAGAUUCUUGCAAAUUGUUGUGGAUAGUUUUAUCAGUGAGCAUAUUAUUGAGAAGCGGGGUGCUUGUAUUGACAACAUUGCUGAGCUUGGAGAUGAUAAAUCAAACAAGAGAAAGGUAGCAGAAGUUCAGCGUGAAGGAGAUCCAAGGUUUGCUUUGCCGUUGAUGUAUGUGGCUAACCUCUAUGAAACCUUGGUUAGUGAAGCGAACACAAGACUUGCUUCAUUAAAUGGUUUUCGUGAAAAGACAAUUGGAGUAGCUCUUGAAGCAUCUGGCGGGCUUUACAGAAAGCUGACGCAGAAAUUUCCUAAAACAGGUUCCUAUUCUUUUAAAAGACGGGAAUUGGCCACUUCUCUUGAAACAAGAACUAGGUUUCCAGAAUUAGUUGUCCAAGAAGAGAAGCGGGUUCGUUUUGUGGUGGCCAAUGGUUUAGACAUCGUUGAGAGACCAAAUAGCGUUCCUAGUGAUGAUGCAGAAUGGUUCAAGCGUUUGACAGGUCGGACUGAAGUAGCAAUCACCGAAAGGGACUAUAAGUUCUACAACCCAAGACAUAAAGUUAGGCGUGCAUCCUCAAACAGUUCUCCAACCAUUCCUGGUUUGCUUUCAUACCACAGCAAUAGUGACCAUGAAUUCCAGUCUGCAACAGAGAGUCCAAGGAAGCAGGAUACACCAUCUAAGCAUCCUUUAGUGACGUUGGCUCAUCAGCCACAAUAUCAAUCUGUUAUUCUGAAUCAUCAUCAGUCUCUUAAUCAGAAUCAGCAGACAACCCUCGUAGCUUGCACGCAUGAAAGUGGGCAGUCUUCCCAGUUACCUGACAUUUCUCAGGGCCAUGAAUCUCCAACUCUUUCUCAGAACAUGGCAUCAUUCGAGCCCCUUGGAGGAAGUCACACAUUGGGUCGUUUAAAUAUGAUGCCAACUAGUCCUGCAAAGUUCUGUGACGAAUGCGGGUCUCCUUACUUGAGGCCAACUUCCAAGUUCUGCUCACAGUGUGGUACAAAGAGGUUUGGGAUAUGAAUCAGUUGCUCCGAACAAACGAUUUAUGGAUCUUCUAGCCUCAAUGCGGUGUUGUAAUUUAGUGGUGUUGUAAUUUAGUGUUCAUAUAAUUGAAGCCAAACAGUAGUUUUCAUGUACACCUCAAUAGAUUAAAUGCCUUUGCAGGUACACUUUCAAGUUUCAAUAGAUCAAAUAGUUCCGGGACAAUAACUGAUUUUUCCUAGGUUUUAGCUUAAUUGCAUGGAGAAUCUCUCUCCAUGCACAUUCUCCAAAUCCUCCUAUUGUACUGUUACUGCAUUGUUAUUUUAGUGCUCCUUUUUUAACUA